UUACUCAACAGUAUUGAGGGCGUUAAUAUUUGUUGACAUGGUUUUUCUUGAUUUUCGACAGUUAUUCUACAAGUAAUUACAUUUUUAUUUAUAAACUCUAAUCAACCAAACCACUGUCACAAUGAUUGAGUCAUAGUCGUACUGUACAUAUAAUCUCAAAUGAGGAAAAAUAAGCAAUAAAUAUAAAUACAUUUUCCACCACAGAUAGAAGUUGCCUGUGCUUAUAGGCUACAUUUUGAAAAACUCAGCAUAUCACAAUGUUUAGUUUUCAAAUGUUUGAUAAUGUUCAGAGGACAUACAAAUCACAGUACCGCUGCUUUUCAGUUUCUAUGUUACACGGAAACUGCCGUCAGGAUGUUGAAAGAGGAGGAAAAAUUAUUAUGCCACCUUCUGCUUUGGAUGCCUUGACUCGCAUGAACAUCAUGUACCCGAUGUUAUUCAAAUUGACAAAUCGAAAAGAGACACGUGAAACACAUUGUGGUGUCUUAGAAUUUGUUGCUGACGAAGGAAAAGUCUAUUUACCUUACUGGAUGAUGCAAAACCUACUGCUUCAAGAAGGGGACCUUCUUCAGCUGGAGAGCACUUCGUUGCAAGUGGCAACUUUUUCUAAAUUUCAACCUCAAUCUGUUGACUUUUUAGAUAUUUCAAAUCCCAAGGCUGUAUUGGAGAAUAUUUUAAGAGGUUUUGCUUGCCUUACAAGAGGAGAUAUGAUUGCUAUUAAGUACAAUGAUAAGAUAUAUGAACUGAAAGUAUUAGAAACAAAGCCUGCAGAUGCAGUGUCUAUCAUUGAAUGUGACAUGAGCGUGGAUUUUACAGCACCAGUAGGCUAUGUUGAGCCACAGAGAAUCAAGCCCCAAGAGCCAGAACCUGAGAGUAUGCAAGUGGAUGAAACAGACUACAUUGAUGAGAGCAAGUUCAUGGCAUUUCAAGGUUCUGGGAACCGUCUGGAUGGCAAGAAUAAGAAUCUAGACUCCAAACCAGUCCCCUUACAGCCACACAUAUACAAACGUGGAAUUCCAAACUACGACUACAGACAAGGAACGAUUACAUUUAUAAGAACAGUAAAACCAACAGCUAAUCCAGAUCAGUCCGAGGACCAGCUUGAAAGUUUUGAAGCAUUUACUGGCGAAGGAAAUAGACUGAGGAAAAAAACUGCAAGAGUUAAAUGAAUUAUGAAAAAGGAACUUUCACUGAUAAAACAAAAUUGAAAAUAUAAUGCAAAUUAUAUUAUGAGAAUGUUGUAUAUUCCUUUAUAUAAAUUUUCAUAAACAAGAAUAAGAUAUUAAUUUCAGGUGGCAUCAAUUUUUAUUUAUUUCAAAUCAAAACCAACAGCGAAAAAUAAGUGCCACUUACAAGACACAGAUAAGAUAAGAAACAGAUAAGAUAAGAUAUAUAUAAACGACGACAAAGAUAUCAAGAAAAAGGAAAAUUUGUUAAAAAAUUAUUGCACAUGCAUUUGUCAGAAGAAAAUAUAAAAAGCACAAAAGAAAAAUUCACAAUAGAAAAAUUCAACAAAUGUUAAGGAUGUGCCAUCUGUGUUGAGUUUGGCAGCAGCUCCAAAAAUUUCCCGACGAUUGGGUCGAAUGCGUGUUCGUGGCGAAGUCCAAGGUCCCUGACACAGUAUCCACACCCACCUUUUAAAGUUCGAUACUUUCAAUUAAUAUAUAGAACAAGAAUGUAUCUCGUAGCUAAUCAGCAGACACAGAAUAAUACCCUAAAUUUGCUGGUAGCAAGUAAUGAAUUUUGGUAGUAAAAUUCUGUAAAUAAUCAAAUCUGAAAUGCCUCGAUUUAGAUUUGUGUUUCUUAUGUGGGAAACACAACACAGAUAAAACACGAAAGUCUGAACAUUAUUUCCAGUGGAAACGUCAUUCUGCUGGUGAAUUACCAAGAGACAAUUUAUGCUCUUUUGCAAUAGUGGUGCGUUCUGUAACGUUCACAUGGGCCAUCUUGCACACAAGACCAACAGACGGGUUAAACGUUUCCGAAAACCAUUAUUCUAGUAAGUUGAAUAUCAGCCCUCCGCUAACAAGAGCGACCGCUCACCAGGCCGCAUGUUCCUCAACACUUAAAUAUGGUAACAUGCGCAAGCUAUGAUAUUGGGUUUUUUGAAUGAGCAAUUAAAAAUGUUUAAACAAUUAGAAUGUUAAUGUAUAUCAAAACAAAUAUUAUUUAGAAUGUUCAUUUGUACAGAAUUAGAAUGUCUUAAAAUUGAAAAAAAAAAGAUUAAUACCAAGACGGGAUUCAAAUUCACGACCUUUGGUUCAACCGCGCCAUCCAUGCAAUGCGCCUUACUAGUGGUAAUGUACAGUCCUUGCUGAAAACCCCUGUUUAGUUACGUAGGUGUAGGGGAACACUUGGUGGGUCUAACUUUAAAAAGGGCGAUGAACGUUUGUUGGAAAUCGCCUCUAGUUUCUGUGUACAAAAUUUACUGCUCAACUGUUCAAAACUGGUGACACUGGACGCUUUUAAAAGUUCUAGUAACAACAACAAGAAGAACAGCAGUGAGGUUCUGGGGUCAGCGCGUUGUGCGGACCCAAAAACGAAGAGCAUAGCAAUGGAAUUGAACCAGGGACUAGUGAUCUGAAAUGUUCUAUAUCACGGGUGGGCGUAAAAAUCGGACGGAAGUCCAAAGUGAUUUUUUUUUUAUUUAACACUGAGGGCCAGACCCAAACUUUGAUGUUUCCAGUGAGCUUCAAAAAGCCUCCAAGCACUGCUUUUACAUCACUUAUUCUCUCAGUUUUAAUGUUAAAAUAAGAGUUCUUGUCAAAGAAAAUUUGAUAUCUGGACACAGCUUACAGUCCCUGUCCAGGUUAUCAAAUUGUAUUGGAAAAAAAAAUAUGUGAAAUGUCUGAGUAUGGUCAUGAUGUAGAAGCGAUUGGCGCAUUGGUCGUUGCUUGUACUUCCAACUUUGAGGUCAGGGGUUUGAAACUCUCGCUGUGCAAGUUGCUUGUGUCCUUGGGCAAUUACCUACGGUUGUCUCUUCACCCAGGAGUACAAGUGGGUACCUGGUUGGUUUAAACGCAACCAUGCGCUCAUUACAAUGCCAUAAUGUUGAAACUUUACAGUUCGAUAGUGUGGACGCAGUUUUAGAGUGGUUAUCUUUCCUCAUUACAGUAUAUCAGUGAUUUACUCACCAUGUAGCAGUGGGUGUGAACAUAUCUUUGAAUUGUAUUUGAAACAUUAAACUUUAAAUAUUUCUUCGUGACAUGUUUACACUAUUUUGUGAGAUUCGUGCAAUGCAUGCCUGUUACAGUUUCUAUUUUAUAGGCCUAUUUAGGUUUCAUUAUUUAGCUUACGUUGAAUAUAGAAAAUAAAGCAUAACAAACAAUUAGGUA